GGUACAUCAUUAUUUGAAAAGAGGAUUGUCAACACCCUUCACAAGUUACAAAAUGGAGUCUCCUCCUCUACCCAUGGAUGUGGGAGAUAUCAACGUGUGUCUUCUGUCAGCUAAGAAGAAGCGUAGUGCCUCAUCUCCUUCUCUGAGAGAGCUGGAUCAAAUGAGUUUAUGUUCGUUUCCAAGCAGUAUGUCUGUGGCUGAUGAGUUAUCGUCACUUGGAGAGAGGCCGUCAAGUUCGAGUCGUAAGAGGAAGCUCGAUGAUGACUAUGACACUCAGAGUGUGCUGGACUUCAGCAUGAAGGAGCCUUCCUCCAAGAGGGCCAGACGUCCACUGUCCAAGGUGUCCCUGUUUGGGAACAGGUUCAAGGACUCUCCACUCAUGCAAGCCAAGAAGUCUCUCAAGAGGUCAUUCAGCUUCUCUAGGGAAAACCCCUCCCCUGCUCGCAAGUAUAGGAUACCAGGAACACCUAAAGAGAAGAGUAUUGUUCGUAGACGGAGCUCCAAGAGGUCAAAGGUUGAGAAGCAGCACCUCCCCAGCAACUGGGUGGAUGUGAUUGGUCCAGAUGUGGGAGAGAAGUUCAGCAAGGAGCAGAUCAAGAGGCAGGAGGCCAUCUACUCGAUAAUCCGCACUGAGAGUGAGUUGGUGGAGGACCUCAAAAUGAUCAUCAAUAUAUUCUACCACCCCCUGCUGAGACUGCGUCUGAUAACAGAGGAGGAGCACUGUAAGAUAUUCGGCAACAUACAGACCAUCCUAGCACUGCACGAAGAAAUGUUCUCCAAGUUUGAGGAGUUGCGAUCACAGAGUGAUAGUGUGGACUCCAUCGGACAACUGCUCCUGGACUGGUCCUUAACUCUGUCGGGGCCGUACUCCCAGUACUGUGCCAACCUGGUGGUGGCCAAGCAAACACUGGAGACCAAGAGACAAGAGCCGGCCUUCGAGGAUUUCCUACAGAGGUGUCUGCAGUCAGACUUCUCACGGAAGAUUGACCUCUGGACCUUUCUAGACUCUCCCCGCACAAGGAUAAUGAAGUACCCCAUUCUACUCAAGGAGGUCAAGAAAAAGACUGCCAGAGACCACCAAGACCAGGAGCUACUGGAGCAAGCCGUGUCCAGUUUUGAUGGGGUGAUUAAGAACAUCGACCAUUGCGCCGGAGUGGCCAAGUGUAGAGACAUCAUCAACAGACUCGACUAUCUCCAUGAUGACCAGAGAUGCCCGGCCAUUGAUGAGUCCCAGUUCAUCUUGUGCAGUGGAGUUCUCAAGAACAAGAACAACUCGAAGCUCCACGUGUUCCUGCUGGACAAGGCCUUGGUUUUGACACGCCCCUCCAGUAGAACAGGCACUCUAUUAUACCAGGUGUGGCGUCAGCCCAUCCCUAUGAGUAGUCUCCUGGUUGAGAGUCUUGCUGACGGUGACGGGAGAGUCGGGGGAUCAUUUCGAGGAACAAGGGGACUCAAGACCACCGCCAACACCGGUGGUAAGCACCAGUUCAAGGUCUCCUGUUCUGACCCCACGGUGACCUCUCACGCCCACACACUGCAAGCUAAUGGCGACUAUGACAAGAAAGCGUGGUUGGACGCUUUCAAAACUGUCGUUACCGUCACUUGUAACUCUUCCCAUGUGACUGUCGUGUGAUGACAUGUUACAGGAGCAUAGGAGCUUUCAAAUGCAUUUUUAUCGUAUCGUUAAUGUAAUUUUUGUAUUCACUGUGGUCAUUCUUGGUCACUAAUGUUUAUUACAAUGGACCCUCUCUACUUCUAAUUCUUGGUGCACUAUUAUAAUUAUACGAUUAUUGUGAAUCAUG